AUGGAGAAUGACAACCCCACACAGUUGGUGACUCCUGCAUCAGUGAAGGCCAUCAUCUCAAGGAUUGAGGCUGCCCAGCUAACUCGGGCUCAGGAGGAUAUUUCCACUCAGCUUUCAGACAUAUUGGGCAAUGUCAGUUCUGUCAUCAACCACUUCCAGGAAGAAUUAGGAUAUGAUUUAAAAGAAAAGGUGAAAUUUCACCAGACAGAGCAAAAAGGCAAGAAGAGAUUCAUCUUGCUGAAGAAAAUUGCCUCCUUCUCCAAAGAUGCUAAGAUGAAAGAGAAGCACCUGCAUGAAAUCUUGUGCUGGUUGGGGGACUGGGGUGACAGCCUGAACUAUGAGGUCAAAAAGAGAAGUGAGGAGGAAGAGGAAGCCCUGGACGAAUGGAUCCAGGCGAUGGAGAAAGUGUUACCUCUGUCCCUCAUCUCUACCAAGGGAGGCAUCGAGUCCCUCAUUUCCCUUUGCUGUACUCUCAUUGAAGAACAAAAGAAAAAGGCACAAAGGCCCAUACACACCUUCUGGCAAGACUGGUUAGAGAAAAGCCCAGAAAAAUCUACACCUCACUCUCAGCCACUGAGUCCAGAACAGAUGCUCCAGGACAAGAACAUCACCUGCACAAAGGUGUCUGAGGUGAAGUCCAUGCUGCAGGAGCUCCUGGACUCUACUAUAUUCAGCAAGGGGCAGAUCAAGAUUAUCAAAUACAUGUCCACUGUGGUGGAAAACCUCAACAAGGCCUUGAUCCUCCAGCACAAAGAGAAUAGGAGCCUGGAGACCAAAUACAGGUACCUGCAGACAUUGAUGACCAAAGGGCUCAGCAGUCAGAGAAUACACUUCCAGAAAUCUAUUAAACUCCUUGAGAGCAAGAGGGAUGCUCUGCUAAAGCAGGUAGAGGCUCUAGGCAGAAAAUACCAUGACCUCCUCCUGAUAAAGCAUGCCCUAGAAUUCCAGCUGAAGCAGGCUCAGACUGCUAGAGGCCAAGCAGAAGACUUAGCCGAGGUUCCUGUUGAUUUCCCAGAGUUCCCUGAAGAAGGGGCCUUUCCAAAGGAGGGAAUAGUCAUGGGGGAAACCCAACAGGAGCCCAAGGAGGAGGAGCACUUAUUUUCAUUACUUUCCACAGCCUGGGAUAGUGGGGCUACACCUUCAACAAGGCCACUCUCCACCAUGCCCCUACAGUCAAGGAUUGCAGAUGUGUUUAGCAGCAAGGACACUGAAAGCCUUGUGCCUAUGCUGCCACUCUCAGAGGGUUACCAGUCUCCUACUGAAUGGGAAAGACAGGUGGCAGAAGGCUUAGGCCAUGAAGACCAAGACCAGGAAGACCACUUCCAGGAAAAAGAAGGAGUCCAAAUUAAAUUCUAUAUUAACAAGGUCCUGUCCCAACAGAGCUCUGAGAAGGUGCCCUUGGAGAACCAACUGGAGCAGGAGCAUGGGGAGGAGGAACUCAGCUGGGAAAGGCGGAGGCAGCAGUGGCUGCAGGAGGAGGAGAUGUGGCUGCAGCGGCAGAAGAAGUGGGCCCUGCUGGAGCAAGAGCAUGCGGAGAAGCUGCGGCAGUGGGAGAGGGAGGAGGCCAGCAGGUGGCAGCAGCAGCAGAGACUCACCCACCUCAAAGAGGAGCGACAGAGCCCAAGGAAGGGACCAGAGGAGCCAAGGGACAAUGGAGAGAGGCAGAUCUUCACCACCACCAGUCAGUGGAGAAACUUGGAGAAGGUGGAGCCAUUGCCAGUGCCUCCCCCAAGCCCAUCCCAGUCUGCUUGUCUAGCCAGGAAGCCAUGCUUGCCCAAGACCCCACGUACCCUGCAGCCGGCCCUGGGAAACCAGAGGGCCAUGAGUUCAGUUGAGUUCACCCAGACGCUGCGGGCUGGCCAGGUUCCCACCAAGCCCAAGAAAUCCUCUUUUCCCAUAACUGGGACAUCCAUUCGAAGGGUGACCCGGCCCUCUAUACAGAAAGUUCCUGUUGCCCCUAAGGAGAAGGAGUACCAUAUAGACAUGGAGUCCCAGAGGAAGAACCUGCAGCUCCUGAAAGGGGAGCUGGAGCUGGGGCUGCCACACACUCUCCGCAGCAAGGUCCUGGAGCUCAUCACCACCACCAUGGAGCUGGGCACCCUCAGGCUGCAGUGCCUGUGCCAGAAGUACAUCCUCUACAGACACUUCCAGAGUCUCCGACUAGAAGUGAUCAACCACAUACAAGUCAUGCAAGAAAUGGGGACUACCUACAAGGCCCAGAGCCUGUACAUCUUCCUGGAAAACAUUGAUCGCCAGCAGAAACUCAGUCUGCAGGCCUGGACAGACAAGCAGAAAGAUGUGGAGGUGAAGCGACGGGAGUGCCUGAGCAGCAUGGUGGCCGUGUUCCCCAAGCUCCAGCUGGAGUGGAAUGUUCAUCUGAACAUCCCUGUGGUCACCUUCCCGAAGCCAAGGAAAAACAAGUCAUCCCCAGUCUUCCGUCCCCAGCAUGUCCGCUACAGUGGCUCCACCUGCAAGCAGCCCUUCCUGUCCAAGCACCAAAAAUGCGUGCCCCUGCGGAUGGCCAGCCAAAAGGGGAAUCAGAUGGAGGCUGUUUGGAAGGCUGAUGUGGCCUCCUCUAGUCAUCCAAUAGAAAAGAAGACCCCUGCCAGCCUGCUCUGGGACCAAGUAGCGGGAUAUCCAGAUAUCCCCUGGCUCUUGGCAGUGGAUGAACAUUCUUCCUACCACAGAAGCUUGAUGCCCCACAAGGCCCAGGAAUUUAGUGCCUCAGUGACCAAAAGGAAGGAAUGCCAGGAACCCACAGAGGAGCUAGCUGAGCUUGUCUGCAAAAAAUCGAGCGAGUCACUCCCUGGAACCCUACAAAGCCAGAAGGCUCGAGACAGCUCCAGUCCUCAUUCCGUUCCUUAG